UUUGAAAACUUCAUGAAUGACACUCAUAAAUAUUCAGUUUAAACUUGCAUAUGCUGUGAUGUUGAGGAGAAUUCCCCAUUAUUUCGCAUCAAUUUCUCAAUACCCUACAUAGCCCUAAGAAAUUCCUUCAUUUCGGUAAACCUAGCCCCUCCUGGCAACAUUAUGGGCCGCCAAGAAGGCCGCGAACGCAGCAGCGGUCCCCUAUCUAACCACGUUGCUUUCACGACAGCUGGCGAACAACCGCGACGGACUAGUUUCGAUCGAAGCGGACAGAUGUGCAGAGCCUGCUUCCCCGUAUUUUCUUCAUCUCUACCGAAAACCUAACAGUCGAAGUAAUGGCCGACGAUACCGAAAGGUUGAUAAAUCUAGUUAAGGAGCGCGUUCUCCUGUACGAUCCUCGUCAUACAGCCUACAAGAAUGUAUCGAAAAAAACAGAAGCAUGGGAAGAAAUAGCACACGAACUAUGUCAAAACUCAGAAACUGUGAAGGUCAAAUGGAAGAACCUGAGGGACUCUUACGUGAAGUAUCUCAAAUAUUUGAGGGGAGAUUCUGGUUCCAAGAAGAAAUUCAGAAAUUGGCCUUGGGCCUCACAUAUGGAGUUCCUCCAAGAGUCCCUGUAUUUGAAGACAGCUCAGUGGCAAGAACUGCACUUCUUCGAAGAAGUAAUUACGGAAGGGAACUACGAGGCAGAAGUAUACGCUUCGGAUGAUUCCCAAAUGCCCCUCCCACGUAAAAAAUUAAAGACACAAAGGGACAGUAGCAGUGUAGAAAAUUUGAUUGGAAAUUACCCAAACGAAACUGAAAACAUCCACAAGAACCUCGACCGUAACGACCUACUGUUCUUGGGUUAUGCAGGGACAUUCAAAAAAUUAUCACCUCAAAAACAAACUGUGAUCAAAAUGAAGAUGGCGCUCCUGUUCGGUCAGGCAGAACUCGACGAAUUAGGUCUACAGAUAUCACCUUCCUCCUUUUUGUUUAGCUUAAACUGUCCUUCCUGUAAACGUGAUUCGCUGGAUAUCAAGAAUGCCAGCGAGGAAAUGAAUCGUGAUAGUGCAGAUCAAUCAAAUAGUGAAUCUCCUGUACAACAGACAUCUUCGAAUUGGUUUGAUGAAGUCAAAGAGGAGAUAUGA